AUGGGGAUGAUCACAGAGCGACAGCCAUUUGAGCACCGUCGAGAACCUAAAUCCGGCGUUAUUCAGCACCAGCCGCGGGUGGAUCCUCUUCGCCGCCGCCAGCUCACCCUUCGCCAUCACCGCCAGGUAAACCGUGCCGAUCCUCCCCUUUCCGAUUAUCCGCCGGUGGUUGAACCCGUCGGUGGCCGCGUCCACCUCCGUCAGCGAGUACGACGCCGCCGAGACCCUGGCGGUCGGUACUCGAUCCUCUUCCUCCGCUUUCGCCGGAGUCUUGCGCCGGCAGAGGACGAAAAGGACGGCGGCGAAAAUCAGAGUAGUUGCCGAGAGAACUGCCAAAACGACGUAAAGAAGAAGAAGAAGAAAAAGAAAAAGAAGAGAAGAAAAGAAGAAGAAAUAGAAGAAGAUGAGAUGAAGACGUGCAAAAUAAAAGAAAAAGAGAAAAAAAAAUAA